UCUGAGCAGGAAAAGCUUCCACGAGCUGUGGAAAAUCACCUCGUCCGCCCUUCCCAAACGCAACAUCUGCACCGACGUCAUCAAACAAGAAAGGGCAACCCCUUCCCUGAAGUAAGAAAUUCAGAUCCCCUACAUUGGCGUUUUGCCCAUAGUGCAUUUGUUUUUGUAGCCGAUUGUAGACUAGCCUACACGGCUUUACGCUCAUUCUGGAAAUCCCCACCCUGUGUGCAUUGACACAGGAAACAUCUGCAGUGAUAGUAACAGGCCAGCUUCGAAGGGCGAUAGACGAGAAAAGACCAAAGUACGAAUCAGCCGGAACCUUUCCCGUCACGUAGAGAUGUCCUGGUUUCAUCAUUUGAGAGGCUAUAAUUAGGUGUGGACCCCGAGUAGACAACCUCAGGUCAGGUGUCAGUUAGGUAUGGCUGAUCUGCUGAAGCUGCUGCUGCGUGUGGCAGAGAAGGCGGCCAACGUGGCCCGCGUGUGCAGGCAGGAGGCCCCUCUCUUCCAGCUGCUGGUCCAGGAGAAGACUGGGGUGGACAAGAACAAGAAGUUUGUCCAGGACUUCAAGACGCUAGCCGAUGUGGUAAUCCAAGAGAUGAUCCGCCAUGAUGUUGGAGCUCAGUUUCCCGAAAUCAUUGAUCAUAUACAAGGAGAGGAGUCUAACAAGUUUGAAAAUGGACGAGGUGAGAGUGUGAUAGUCACAGUGUGUGGGACAGAGAAGGAGACGGCCGCGUUGCUGGCCACGGUGCUGGAUGGGGACCAGAUGGCGGCGACUCUCCUGGCGUGUGCCAUCCACCAGGAUGCUACGCUCACACUCACAGACACGGGCACAGACGACCUCCACAUACCCCUCAGCCCCUCUGACCUGGGCAUCUGGAUUGACCCCAUCGAUGCCACUAGCCAGUACAUUGAGGGUCGUGAGGAGGUGGUGGUGGAGGGCUGUCUCUGUCCUUCAGGUCUGCAGUGUGCCCUGGUCCUGAUCGGGGUAUACCUCCGCGCCACUGGGGAACCCGUUAUAGGGGUCAUAAACCAGCCCUUCAACCACAAAGACCCAACAGGCUGGAAGGGGAAGCAUUUCUGGGGUGUAUCAUGUGGGAGUGUCAAAGCCUGCUCGGUGCUCCGACCUAAAGAAAGACCUGCGGAAUGUCCAGGACUAUCGGUGGUGCUGAGCUCCAGUGAGAAGCAGGCGGUGAAGGAGGCCUUGGCCCCUCUGUGUGGGCCUGACAGGCUUAUGUAUGCCUCGGGGGCCGGAUACAAGAUCCUGUGUGUGAUCCUGGGCCUAGCUGACAUCUACGUCCUCUCCGAGGGCAGCACCUUCAAGUGGGACUCCUGCGGCCCCCAUGCCCUGCUCCUUGCACUGGGUGGGGGGAUGCUGGACCUUAAAGAGUGCCUCCGCUUCGGCCACUGUGAGGGGGGGCACCAUGACCAGGGGGAACUGACCUACCACCAAUCCCACUCAGAGAGCCCUGGGGCAGACCGCUGGGCCAACCAGGGUGGCCUGGUGGCUUACCUAGACUGUCAAAUGCUUCAUAGGGUUAUUGGGGAACUGAAAGGCACGUUUUAAAGGAAGAGGCAUUGAUUAUGGUGAAGGGCACAAGUAGCAGUAUCAUUGCUUAUAAUGCUGCUUAAUAUGUCAAUUUUUGGAGGAGUUGUGUUUAAAAAAAAUCUAUGCUGUCAGUUAUUUUGUAAAAGCUAGAUGUAUAUGCAAAUAUAUAGUAAGGAAUGUAAAAUGGUUAAACUAUCUACAGUAGCUGGUAUGUUAAAGGUGUUUCGUAAAGGAUUAAGCUGUCUCGAACUUCUACAGUUACUGGUUUUCUCAUUGACAGGAAGUGUGUUGGUGGCAAACAAAUCUAACUUCAGGAAAGAUCUGGGUGCUGUUUAAGUAAAACUUAUUCCAAAGCAAGAUAAUCAGGAUCGAGAGACUGGUAUGAAUGGGAACAAGCAUGGUUCAGGGAACAGUAGCACACACUGUGUAGCUGAAACAUGCUUUUUGUCUCAGUCAUACCAAAAUGUGGCACAUGGCUAUAACCUUGCUUUUGAUUGGAUAAGGAUCUCUGUUGGACUUACCUGAAUAUUACUUGAUGGCCUAGUUGAAGUUGUGGUAUAGUGGGACAGGGAGACAUAGUAAAUAUCCCAAGUGUCCCCCCCCCCCCCUUGACAGAAGCACUAAUGGGGUGUGAGAGUGGAGAGGACUCAAAUAAACUGACUUCUGGGAAUCUGCAGCGGCCCAGAAAAGGCCUUUUAUGGAAAAGAGGUGCAUUUUACACUGUUUCCAUAGCUCUAGCUGUAUGACUUAAGAUAAAUCAGAGCAGAGGAUGGAAAAACACGAGGUGCAGCAAUCAACAAUUAAACAGGGGCUAGUGUUCAUUUACUGUAAAUGAAGGAUUAAACCCCUUUAAGGAAAGGAGGGGAACUGUCACACGGCCAGGUUAGUGGAUCUAUUGAGAUGUAGCAGAAUUCAGGGGUAUUUAAACCUAGUCAGGUACUCCAUUUAUAGAAUAAAAAUAGUUACAUGAUUAGGUUUGUUCAACAUAAGUCCACCUGUCCUGUGGAGAUUCUUUUUUAUUAUUUUCCACAACUAUCACUUGCACCACUUCAUUGGCACACCCAAGCAUCUAUUGGGAUGCGGUCCAAAGUGGUUGUCAUUACUAAAUAUGGCUGUCUAUGGUCUUCCACCAGAAAAGCAUGAUGACCACUUGUGUAUAAAGACUGGUUUGAUCUAC